AAGUCAAAUAUUCUAUUCGUAUACAAUGUUGUAGUAUAAAAUAUCUUAUUUUCAUUUAUUUUUAUAUUUCUCGAAGAUUAAUUUAUUAUUUUCGCCCAUGUGGGACGAGAUAUUUGCUAUAAUUUGCUGUAAUUUCAAACAUAUUUGAGGAAAAUGUGGAUAAGCUAGACGCAUUUCCAGUCCCAGACGUUAUUACGAGUAAAGUGACUGUCUUUCAAAUCCCCUGAGGCUUGUCGCUCAUUUCUGUUCUACAAUGUCCUUUGAACGGCCAUGGUUGACAUUUUUCGUUAGCGGAACAACCGUCAUGGUGGCUUCCAACGUUAUCUAUUUUGUGUACAGGAAACUAUUUGCCAAAAAAACGACGAGGAAUCGUUGGUUUUUCGCCCAAAGUAAUCAUACUAGCAACAGUACAAGUAAAUCCGGUGCAGAAAUUAGUGAGAGUCGGAAGCGGGGGAGAGCCGAAUGUCGAAAACGAACGGAAGGAGAUGUCGCAGGCGAAGAUGAAGAAGCAGAAGCAGCCGAACGUCAAUUAGAGCUUCGUAAACCCAGUGAUCUGUGGAACACGGUCAUAUUUUUCCCUGAUCCAUCUUCAAAAGAUGGACCAAGGACGUCUAGAGAUGCACUCCUCAGCUAUCUCCGUGCAGCCCAAACGUCCAUUCAGAUCUGUAUGUACCUUACGUCCAGCCCCCAGUUCGUCAACAUUAUUCGGGAAAAGUAUAAUCAGGGAUUAAUGGUCCAAGUGGUCACAGAUUAUGACACGUACACUGCACACAACAACUUUGGUCCAAAGUCGUGGAAACGCUGCGGAAUUGAAGUACGAAUGAAAUGCACCGGAUUUCUAAUGCAUCAUAAAUUUGUCAUCAUUGACGAAGAAGCAAUACUCACAGGUUCUUUGAAUUGGACAAAACAAGGAAUGAGCUGGAAUCAAGAGAAUGUACUGGUGUCUACUCAUAAGAAUAUUGUUGCAAAAUAUAUGGACGAAUUUUAUCUCCUGUGGCGUAUGCUGGGAGAUGAUGCUAGAUAGUCGUUUUUUCUUUCAACUGUUUUCAUUUGUAUUUAACAUAUUAUUGUGAUGAAGUCAUUGAAUGGUUCUCCUGAUUUACUUAUAUUUUUUUAGUUAUAUAAGCAAUAUUUUAGUUAUGCUUACGGGGAUUAUAUCAUGAAGCACACAUCUUUGAGAGACCUCAGUUAUUUAUAUAAAUAUAUUUGACCUGAUCCUUUGCGUUAUAACACAUAACAAAACGCAAUGUUUUUUUUUAAUAAAACGACACCAGAAUCGAAUAUAUAGUCA